AUGCACUCCACAGUCUUUGAGGUAAAGGAACACUCUCUCGAAUGUCAACACAUUAGGGAAUACCCUCGUGCCACUUCAAAUACCCAAGAAGAUGUGUUACAUCUAGCAAUCAAACAAUAUAUCCCUCGAGAUAAUCCCAACCCACAACCAGGAGAUGUGACUAUAAUUGGUGCUCAUGCAAAUGGUUAUCCAAAGGAAUUAUAUGAGCCAUUAUGGGAAGAUGUUCAUGCACGCGCAAAAGCCAAUGGCUUUAAGAUACGAAGUAUUUGGAUAGCAGAUUUAGCUCACGAAGGCGCUAGUAGCGUUCUAAAUGAGCAGUUAUUAGGAAAUGAUCCAUCAUGGAUAGAUCAUGCCCGGGAUCUCCUCCAUAUGGUGAACACCUACCGUGCCCAAAUGCCUCUUCCCAUAAUUGGAAUCGGCCAUUCUUUCGGCGCCAAUAUGCUGACCAACCUCUCCCUCAUGCACCCCCGUCUUCUGACCACCCUGAUAAUGCUCGAUCCCGUAAUCCAACAAUAUGCAUCUACCCCCUCCAAUACUACCUCACCCAAUCAACUCUCCACCUUCCGUCGUGACCUCUGGCCUUCCCGUGCCGCCGCCGAAGCUUCCUUCCGAAAAUCAAAAGCAUACUCCAAAUGGGAUCCCCGCGUCCUAGACCGCUGGUGUCAAUAUGCCAUCCGCUCAACCCCAACUACCAUCUACCCCAAUGAGCCAUCAGGCAGCACAACCCUAACCACAACCAAACACCAAGAAUGCUUCUCCUUCAUGCGUCCCACUUGGGAAGCUUUCUCCGAAGAUGGUAAAACUAUCAUUCGUCCAGAUCUCAUCCCGGAUCUACACGAGACCAGUCCAGCAAAAUAUCCUUUCUAUCGCCCAGAACCCAUCAAUACACUUCUACGACUUCCGCAACUCCGUCCCUCGGUUCUUUAUAUCUACGGUGCUACAAGUGACGUCUGUUAUCCCCAGUCUCGGGUUGAAAAAAUGUCUAUGACGGGCACCGGACACGGAGGAAGCGGAGGGGCUAAAGAAGGAAAAGUUAAAGAAGUCGUGCUGGAAGGAAUAGGUCAUCUUGUGGCGCAAGAAGCAACGGUACAAUGCGCAGAUGCUUUGACUCCCUGGAUAGGACAAGAAUUGAAGAGGUGGAGAAGAGAACAGGAAGAGUAUAUAGAAUGGACUAAAAAGGGCUUGAUUGAGAAACAGACAUUUACCGAAGAAUGGAAGAGAAGAGUGGGGGGGCCACCAAAGAAAGCUGGAGCAAAGAUUGAGGGGAGUAAGCUGUGA